UCCCGGGGAGGUGCAGGUGCCUUCGAUGACGAGGAAUGCGAGGGCCAAGUUGGGAAGGCGGUGGUUGGAAAGGGGAGGGCGGUGGUGAGGAGGGGGAGGGCGGUGGUGAGGAGGAGGAGGGCGGUGGUGAGGGGGACGCCGGUAACGAAGGAGAUGUUGAAGGUGAGGACGAUGGCAUGUACGAGGAAAGAGACGAUGUUGGUGAGGAAGUCGAAGACAAUCGCUUCUCCCAAUUUCACCGUCGCCACCAUAACGAAUCGCAGGGGCGCCGUGAGGACGACGCCUGCCGCGUCGGUGACGCAGUCGAUGCUGGUGGCCAGCCUGCAGCCUCCCUCGGAAUGUCGCAGUCCUAUGACGAGACGAAGGAUGAGAGAGACGAACCUGGCUCACAGGGAAAGCGAAAGAGGGGAGAGGUGUCGACCUCUCCUGCGAGUCGAACAAAACAGGCGAGGGCCGACGCCGUCAAUGAAGCUCGCGGAGCGUUAAUGACAUCACAAGAAGCGCGGGCUCCUCGGAAAACUGGUGGGGGGGGACGAAGUGGCAGCCGUGGGGGCGGUCGCGGCGGCGGUAGGAAAGGCUCCCAGAGGUCCAGGGCACCUGAGCUGCGGGACUCGGGGGAUGAGGGCGAGGGGGUGGGGCCUCGCAUGCCCGAAGACAUUGAAGAGUUGGUUCAGCACGCCGCGCCCGUGGACACGACACGAUGUUUCUUCCUCGAAUACGACGAACAGGGCUUCGCCAGGCAAGACGUCCAAGUUGUUAACAUCGACGUUAAUAGGAUCAAACCCAUUCCCCGUGGGAAGAUCCUUUUUAACCACCGUUCAAACAUUGUGAGAGGCAUCGAGAGUGUCAUAGAAAGCUCCAUCAGUGCUGACCCGGGGGUGUGGGAUAGACCUGAGCUCGUUCUUGCGCCGGUUGACCCAACCGUCAUCGUCGGCGGGCAGGGCAGGCGAAUCACGCUGGACGAGUUCUUCCAAAGAGAUUCUGCAGAGUUCGACUGCUACGCUGUCUGCGGUCAGCAUACUGCCGAGGCCAUGAAACGGUUGGUUGCAAAGGACACCCCCGCGGUCAAAAUCUACGGCCUCCGCACGAUUGAGGCACUCAAUGCUAAGGUCAGCAAAAAGGAUGUCGUCACCGUUGCGCAUCAGAAAACGUGGCAGAACUUCCUGAGGGUCUGCAUGGGGAAGGCGUGCGACAUGGCGUUCGUGAAACAGGCACUCGACAACGAAUACACCAAGGAUUGGAGUAACAAACUUCGGGGGUACCUGAACCUCACCAAGUCCACCCGCACGGUUUGGCGGCUGGUGGAGAAGUUCUUCGCUAUGUUCGAGGAGGGUAAGCUGCCAAUCGGCGACGACAAGAUCUCACUUGAGAUGCCGGGGAGGAUGGAGGGGCGCCUGCCUGGCCCGUACACCGACGAGAACAAGGGACAAUGGACUUUGUACCACUGCAUAUAUGCGAGAGAUGGUCCCAAGGGCUCCACCGUGUCCUGGAAGGAUUUGUGUACUACGUACUUCAAGAACUUCGGGGACAUGACAUGCCGCGAGAGAGAAGUCGCGCUACUCCUGCUCAUGUCAGGGAAAGUGGUGGCAACAAAAGUGAGAGUCACGCCUCCGAGGGUGAACACAUUGUGUCUCCUCGACAUUAUGCGCAAGGAGAGAUACAUGGUCCGCAUGUUCAACUACGUCGUGUUUCACGCCGAGGGAAGGGCAGGGGACAAAUGGAAUGACGACUUCUUCAUGUCGUACAAGGACCUGGAAGAGAGGUAUGCUUCAAACGGGUUAUGCGUAGAUGAAUGGGAGAAGCAACAGGAGAAGUUGCAUAGCAACUUAGUGAAGACGAUCCCUUGGCGACCCGGAGGAGUGGAGGAGGUGAGACAAGGUGCGGGCUUGGGGCCUACAGAAGUGAUGUACAAGGAGGCUCCGUUUCACUUCAAGGUCUUUAUAUACACCACAAUCGAUAAGCUUGAUAUGCUCCGAGCGGAGGUGAAACGGAUCUCCUCCAGUGCACGCCAUCUUGUGUGGGACAAACUCGGCAGGCAGACCACAUUGCUUCAUGUAUGCAUGCGGUCAAAGGAGGUUAUGGCGGCGUCCGUCGACAUCGUCGCAGCCGCACAAAAAAUGGCAUGCAGGGCCGCCAUCGUGGACAUCUCGGCCGCAAAUUUCAGCAGGGCAUGGACGUCGCAGGACUUCGAUGCACUAUACGCAAUGAUGGUGAAGUGUUGUGGUCCAAAUUGGGUCCUCUUCUUCUUUGCAUCGCAAAAUGUGCAAAGUGAUGUCUUGCGUCAAUUGUACCGUUGGGAGGACAUCGAGCUCAUCCCCGGGUCAUGUAAACGCGUGGACAGGCCGCCGAGCGACGUCACAAGGUACGACAACAUCGCUACGAGCAGUCGGGACCUGAUGGCGAUCGUGUUGCACGUUGAAGGAGGGGAUUUGAAAAAAGUAAUUGUCGCACCCCGACUUCACAACGAUCUCACCGAAGUGCAUGUUGUGGAGGAAAAGUUUGGGAAGUGUCUCGGAAAACACGGUGGCGUCGAAGGCGACGAAAGUGCCGCAUACUCAAUUUGGGAGCGAGAACCUGGCAAGUUGCGGAAGUUGUGCAGUUCAUUCGUGGGAGAGGCGGAAGGUAAUAAUGCCAUUGCCUAUGACAAGUCGGCCAAGGACAUUGCAUACUUGACAAAGUUCGUCGACAUACUUGUUAAGGAUGGGAGAUUCGAGUGCCGCCUCGAGAAGCCGCGUGCCACACAUCGCACUAACAGAGAUAUGUACCACAAGUUGGGACCGAAAAGACUGAAGGUGUGGGAAUACCUGUUCCGCGAUGCGCCGGAUGGACGCCUUGAUGGGGGAUACAUAUAUAGGAAAGCCAAGGUGACCGAGACCCUCAAAUAUUAUCACGGUGCUCUAACUGGCGCCUUCGAGACAUUCGUUGCUCGAUGCGAGAUCUUGAGGUUUGAUCUUCACAAAGAUAAACUGACGUUUAAGGACUAUGAAGACAUCGCUAAAUCGGGUGAAGGCUUUAACCCUGUUGACAUCGAGGAAGACUCGUCGGACUCCGACCUCGAGAUCGAAAAGGACACCAAUGCAACCGGGUGGUGUGGGAAGUCUGCUGCCAUGGAGCACAGCGUCAAGGGAUAUGAACCGGGUCAAUCAGAGGGAUGCUCAAACCUGCCACCCACGAACAUUGUGGCCUCGGGUGUGGACCGGGUUGUAUGUACGCCUGUGGAAGACGACGAAGACGAUGACCUUGAUAUUCCUGCUCAGCCAAUGAAGCUGGCGCCAGGCGAUCCGAUUCCUCCCAAAUUUUGUGCGGAUCCAAACAAUGUGUAUUUCUUGGAUGAAAAAUACUCUUGCACUAGUGAGGACAAGUGGGGCCAUGAUAUCAUUUGGCAUGACGGCAUUUUCGAGCCAUGUAUCCAAGGCGGGGAGUGGAAAAUGGCGGUGAAGUAUGUUGAGCGCGCCGCCACGCUCGAGAGCAUGGGAGAAGAUGCCGCCCCUGCGCCCGAGGCGGCCACAGAGAACACGAUGGGUGAACAAAGGGAAGAUGGCGGGACGAUGUUGGGCGUGAAGCCUUCGUUGCCACAGGCGGGGAACACGCCCGCAGACAAAAACACCAUCGGAGCCAUCUCUGUCGCAACAGGGGAUACAUCACAAGGUGAAAAAGUGUCACUCAACAAGCCGACGGAUGCGGGCGCCACAUACGGGAGUCUCCUCGCGACAGGUGCGGCGCUGACAGGCACAUCGGAGAUGGUGUCAGAGUCCACUGCUGGGAUGGGCGUCACGGGGAUGUCGUUGCAUCUGCCCACAUGCACUAGCAAAGGUGACGCACACUGUACAACAACACCACAGGGAGGGGUCACAGGGGAUGACGGGAAUGGGGGAAAUGCAGGGGGGUCUCCACGUUCUCGCAAUAUUGAGGACAUGACGACGGACGAUGAGGAUGGGGUAGAAGGCGGAAAGGGCGUGAGCGAUCUCACGCGUGCAGAAAAUGAGGGGUGAGACAGGGAAUGAACUUGAGGGGAAUCC